AUGGCUGCGAUCAUUCGAAUGCUUUCUCCUGCUGUUAGUCAAUUCUUUCCCCUCAUCUUAAUGACGGAUAGAAUUGGAAAUACAAGUCGGAGGGGCCAAGAUGCAGAGCCUGAAUCGGAUAUCACCCCACUGGUGAAGAUGCUACAGAAUGCAGGACCUAUACGACCGGACGGAAGUGAUAAAUUCUUUGGUUUAGAAAAUUUCGGAAACACAUGUUAUGCCAAUUCGAUCUUACAGGCGUUAUACUAUUCAGUUCCUUUUAGAGAAAAUGUUGUCAAAUACCCACCGCAUUCUCCUUCUGAUACCCCAAACGGUCAUUUACCGAAGUUAAUCGUUCCAACAAGAGCUCCACAACCUAAUGGAGUGCCAUUAUCAGCUGCCAAACCCAAAGGCAUAACAACUGCCGAAGCAAUGAAAAGGAGACAAACUAUGAAUUCCGGUCAACCUGGGCCUGGCUCACCUGGAAUUCGACCGGAAGAUAGACCAGAUUCGCCUGAAUACAAGAAGAAACAUGCGAUGAUGGCGGGCCCGAUUUUAGAAAUCACAACGGAACAUGCGACUUCAUAUGGCAUGGAGGAAACGACUUUUACAGCCUUGAAGGAUAUCUUUACAGCCAUGAUAUCAUAUCCUUCUCGAACAGGUGUAGUGAGUCCACAAAGGUUCUUGGAAGUUUUCAGGCGGGAUAAUGAGAUGUUCCGGACAUCGAUGCACCAAGAUGCUCAUGAAUUUUAUGGCUUGAUGCUUAACGCAGUUAUCAAUAAUGUUGAAGACAACGCUCGACGCCUGAGGGAGUCGGAACCGCCUCAAAAUAAGGGAGGCACUAAUGAUUCAAUGGCAACCGCUGUACGAUCAGUUGCGAAUUCGAUGGGCCUAACAAAUGGAGCGCAAUCUCCAGGAACCAAAUGGGUUCAUGAUAUAUUUGAGGGGAAAAUGGUUUCGGAAACGAAGUGUCUGACAUGCGAAACUACAUCACAGCGCGAUGAGACAUUCUUGGACCUUUCAAUCGAUUUGGAGAAAAACUCAUCCGUUACAUCUUGUUUGCAAAAGUUUUCGGCGGAAGAAAUGCUGUGCGAAAAAAACAAAUUCCAUUGCGACACCUGUGGUGGUUUACAGGAAGCGGAAAAACGUAUGAAGAUUAAAACAUUACCAAAAGUUUUGGUCCUUCACCUGAAGAGGUUCAAGUGGACUGAUGACUUGACUCGAUUACAGAAGUUAUUCUACACUGUCAACUACCCCUAUCAUUUACGCAUGUUUAACACAACUGAUGAUGCGGAAGAUCCCGAUCGACUGUAUGAACUUUACGCCGUGGUUGUACAUAUUGGCACGAAUGCCUUUCACGGACAUUAUGUUGUGGUCAUCAAGACUGAGGAUAAAGGCUGGUUACUUUUUGAUGAUGAGAUGGUAGAACCGGUAGAUAAAAGUUUUGUACGUCAAUUUUUUGGAGACAAACCAGGACAGGCCUGCGCCUAUGUGUUGUUCUAUCAAGAAACUACAGUGGAGGCAAUGCGAAAAGACCAAGAAGCCGAAGGCCUUGAUUUAGUUGCUUCUUCUUCAGAAGUAGCAGAUAUUGCAUUAGGACAUCCCCAACAAAAUGGCUCACAUAUAUUUUCCACCUCGAAACAGGGUCUGGCGACGCCUAGCACACCGAUUGACAACGACACCAAUGGAUUUGGAUCCCUCGACCACGCAGUAACGGCACCUUUAGUAACUUCCCCUAUCGCAGGCAAUCCAAUCCCAACUCGAACUCCUACUUCACCUCUAGAGACUCACAAGUUCAAACCUAAGGAAGUCAAAGAACGAGAAAAGAAAACCGAGAAAGAGGCCGAGAAAGCGGAAAAGGAAGCGGAAAAGUCCAGAAAGGCUGCCGAAAAGGCCGCUGAAAAGGUCGCUGCUAAAGAGAAGAAAGAAGCCGAGAAAGCAAGUAAGGCACAGGAAGCGGAACUGAAAAAAGCCAUUGCCCUCAGCAAACAAGCAGAAACCGAGGAAUUGAAGAGGAGACAGUCGGAAGCUUCUAAUCAAAAGGAGAAUAAUGGCAAUGGAAAUGAGAAGGGCGAUAGUAAGGGUUUCGGCGGUAUAAGUUUGAGUAGGAGUCAUAAGGGGAGCAAGAGUAUGAGUAGAAAAAGUUUAGGAUUUCUAAGUGGAAAGAACGGAGAGAAGGAGAAAGAAAAGAAUGGAGACAAUGCGAAUAUACCCGAAUCGAGCAUUAGCGCGAAUGGUAAUUUGGCGGUUGAAGGGACGGCGGGCCCGCAGACGCCGGAGAAACAUCAUGACAAGAUUAAGAAAGAAAGAUUUUCGUUUGGUGGGCUGGGAAGGAAGAAGAGUAAUUUGUGGAGUCCGGGUGGUUGA